AGCCAGCGGUGUUUUGAAAUGUUUCUAUCAUGCSCUCAUGUCGUGUAAGGUUUUAUGCCUGGAAGAAUUUUUGUAUAACAGAUAAAAUCAUGUAGUUUGAAAGUUAAUCUUUGAGGGUUGGACUGAACUCUUAUUGGGCUGUUUACAACUAAACGCAACACAUCCUGUGUGCUGUUUGUGAAGAAGUGAUGCAUUAUUCUUGAUUUUUAAAAAAUAUACAUAGGUUAAAGAUUUGUUUUGCCUCCAAAGUUUCAGCUUUGACCUCUUCAGUUUUUCCUUGUGUGUAGUCAAGGCUUUUAUCUAGUGGAAGCUUUUAAUUCCUGAAGAGAAAUCCUCUUAGGAUCUAUGCUCUAUUUCUGUUUGGUUCUAUUGGGUCUUUUUUGUUAAAUCUCCAUUAGACAAAGCUCAUUGGCUGGAAAAGACACACACACACACAAACACACACACACACACUGUCCAGCAACAGAUAGCUCAGACAAGUGAUCGAGAGGAGACCACUGCAUGGUUAACUGCUGCCACAACGAGAGAACUUUAUAGGGACUGUGGAAGGUAGCUUAUUAAAACCAUGUCUGGCAGGAUGAUUGAUCUGGAAGAGACCGCGACCCACACAGGUCCAAAGGGGGUCAUUAACGACUGGAGGAGGUUUAAGUUGGAAAGUAUGGACCGGGAAAAUCUGCCUCCUGCAAAAAAAGAACUGCUGAGACAAAUGUCGUCCCCAAACAAGUCCAAGGAUGACACAAGGGCGAACCUUAACCGCAAGAUGAGUGUUCAAGAGUAUGAACUGCUGAAGGAGGAGGAUGAAGGCUGUCUUAAAAAGUACAGAAGACAAUGCAUGGAGGAGAUGCACAACAAGCUCAGCUUCGGGCCCAAGUUUGAAGGCGUCCACGAGCUGGACAGCGGGGAGGCGUUCCUGGAAGUYAUCGAGAAGGAGCAUCACACCACCGUGGUGGUUGUCCACAUUUACAAAAUGGGAGUGAAAGGAUGCGAGCAGCUGAACAGCUGCCUGGACUGCUUGGCCACUGAGUACCCGACYGUAAAGUUCUGCAGGAUCGACGCUGUCUCGUCUGGCGCUGCCGAGCGUUUCUCUGACGAGUACUUACCGACGCUGUUGGUGUACAAGGCCGGAGAGCUGCUGGGUAACUUCCUGUCCUGCACCAAGCACCUAAACGAGGAGUUCUUCGCGACAGAUGUCGAGGCCUUCCUCAACAGCUACGGCCUGCUGCCGGAGAAAGACCUACCAGGGAUGGAGGAUGAUGAAGAACAUGAUGUGGAGUAAUCUGCCGAGGAAGAGAACGUGUUUUUUCAAGAGGCUGRAAAACCAGGUUUUAGUGAAAUGAUUUGUAAAUAAGAUCUGACAAGUGAAUGUUUUGGGUUUGGGGCAAAUAGGAAAACUCUUUUCCCACCAGAACACAUCCUUGGAUCUGUUAAAAUGUAGUCAGGAAAAUAUGGGAGCUGCUGAAUAACAGAAUUCCUCACCAGCACCACCGACCAAAGGAAAWACAAGCUAACUGCAAUUAUUUUUGCAAUGUUUCAUUUUUAAAAUUAGGAAUUAUUGCCKGCUGAAUGUUCUUGUAAAAAGAUUAUAUUUAACAGACUUUUUGUAGCUUUCAUCGUUGUCGACUCGAGUUAUUUAUAUUCAUGAAACACUCAUUAUUGUAACAUAUUGUUAUACAGCUUUAUGUAUUUGGGAUGAAAAAAUGUCKAAACUGUUUAAACUUUACAAAACCACACAGUAGGUACUGUAUGUAAAUGUUUUCAGUUUUGCAGAGGUUUUAAAAAUGGUCUCCAAUUUAAUAAACAUUUCCAACAAACUGUUUUUACAUGAGUUCAGGCAUUUUGCAUCAACAUUAAAGUAAUCAUAAUUACAGAAUUYAUAAUUCACCAAAGGUUGUAGCUAUUAUUUGUGUUUUAUAUAUAUUUUUUGGUUCUGUUAUGUUUAAUCCAGUGUAUACAACCAAAAUAAAACUUAUAAACAUUUUA